CCUCCUCCUGCGGUGUGGCGGGCGGGCGUGCGUGCGGGGCCCGGGGCGGCGGCGACGAUGAUGGCGGCGGGGGGCGAGGUGGAGUACGAGUCGGUGCUGUGCGUCAAGCCCGACGUCAGCGUCUUCCGCAUCCCGCCGCGGGCCUCCAACCGCGGCUACCGAGCUUCUGACUGGAAACUGGAUCAGCCAGAUUGGACUGGACGACUCCGCAUCACCUCCAAGGGCAAAAUUGCAUAUAUCAAACUGGAGGACAAAGUUUCAGGGGAACUUUUUGCUCAGGCCCCGAUCGAUCAGUAUCCGGGCAUUGCUGUGGAGACGGUGACGGAUUCCAGCCGGUACUUUGUCAUCCGGAUUCAGGAUGGGAACGGGCGCAGUGCAUUCAUUGGCAUAGGCUUUGGAGACCGGGGUGAUGCCUUCGACUUCAACGUUUCUCUGCAGGAUCAUUUCAAGUGGGUGAAACAAGAGACCGAAAUCUCCAAGGAGUCCCAGGAAAUUGACAGCCGGCCCAAGUUGGACCUGGGCUUUAAGGAAGGGCAGACCAUUAAAUUGAAUAUUGGGAACAUGCCAACCAAGAAAAGUGGGGGAAGCAAGCCACGUCCAGCUGGAUCGGGGGGCCCAAGCCUGCUCCCCCCACCGCCUGGAGGCAAAGCUGCCCUCCCUGCUGUCCCGCCUCCUCCCCUGACGGCCAUUGCCAAUCAUGUCACCCCACCCCCCGUGCAGAAAUUCAGCCAUGGCGGGGGCAACACAGAUAUCUUGCUUGACUUGGACCUGCCUCCUCCUGUCCCAAAGGCACCAGGGCCCGCUGCAGCUCCAGCCACCACAGACCUCUGGGGAGACUUCAGUGCUGCAGCCAGCAGCAUCCCCAGCCAGUCUCCCCAGCCCUCCAGUUGGGUGCAGUUCUGAAGGACCGGGACGUCUUUCCUAGGUGGGGCCACGGACUGGGGACUGAGGCUCACAGGAGCUCCGUAUGUGACAGGAGUGAACGGCUGUCAUUCGGUCUUCAGUGAAAAAGUGGUUUUGGACAAUCCUGCUUUUUUUAACAUGGCCAUUUGCAUUUCACAUUCAUAGUUUUGAUCAUCUAGUGAACCUGUGAACCCCCCCGGGGGGGGGGGAGGGAGACCUGCCUGGUGGGGGUGGAGGUGGGAAGGGGAGCUCUAGCUGCCUGCCCUGCAGCUUCAAGCUGAGGAACAGAAGCUGAGGCUGUGAGCCUGGAGAAUCCGAGCACCACAGAGCUCCCUUCCUCUUGGCCAGCCCUCCUACAAUCCUAGUCACAUUAGCAGGAGCAGGCUGGCUAGCACUGAAGAGUACAGAACACCUUGACCCCCCCCCCCCCAAAACCACCCCCACUAGUUUCUAAAAACAGGGCUGAACUGAAAGUUCAGGAAGCCAUCUUGGGUGAGUGGUGACCCUUCCUUUUCCUCCUCCCUGGGGCAGACGGCUUUCCUGGAAGGUCUUCCUAGGGACCAUCCAAGCUCAGGCCUUCCCCAGACAUGCUCUCCUUUCCACGGCUGAGAGGGCCUUGACCCUUCUGGGCAGCCCCCCCCCCCCAUUCUGUCACUUCUAUCUGGAAGCGGGAAAUCCUUUGGAGAAGUGGGCCCCUGCAAGUUGCGCCAACAUGGAAGAUGUUUUCCUGCUUCCGCCCUUGCGGGUUGUGCCAGCAGAGUCCUCUGCAGGUCAGACAGCGGAACUGCCAACCCUGCUUUGACCCUCUACCCAGACAAGGUGGCUUUAGACUCCUACUGCCCGAAGCAAUAUUAGUGGAUCAUGGAGUAACUUUAGGCAGUCUCUUUCUCACAUCACACUCUGCAAAGGUCUUUAAUCUCCAUUACCUUUAGAGUUUCUGUAUCCCCCCCCCCAAGUGUUCAGGUGGCUGUGAAGGUAUGAAUUUGCCCCCCUUCCUUGCACUCUAAAGGCUGGAAAUGGUUGCAAAAAGAACCAGCUUUGCUUGAUGUUCUCACAAGAAACCCAUUUUUAUUGCUGAGGUCUAGACUUGUACGCUGUACAGUGUUUGUUUUCUGUGAUGCUCCUAAGCAGUAAUUACUAACCUAUCAUAUCAGCUGGGUCCCCUCUGAUCCAUGGCUUGGUGCUUUUUGAAAGCGGGACAGUUGAUUUUGGAACACUUACAAAAUCUGCUGUCGGUUGAGCCCUUCUGCGUAUUACUGAAGCCAGAGCCGCAGAGGGGAAACUUGGCGCCGUCAGUCAGGGAGGACAGCAGAUGCUCUGUGAAGCUGUGGGCUCACCUCUGAUAUCUACCUAUUCUGUCUGUGGAAAACAGGGACCAAGUUCUGCUUUCCAGGGAAGCUGAUGCUUUAAAUCCCAAGCUGUUCACCACCUUCCUCCACUCUUCCUCUUCCUUGCCACCUUAUCUGCUGCUACAACAGUCUGCGUCUUUCUGUCAUUUUUGCUUCACUCUUGGCUCUCGCGGGUGGUUCCCUGCCUCCUCAGACUCUUUGCCGGGCGACAGCGGGCAGGCCAGGGUGACUGGACUGGAAUCUGCCAGCAUCGUCUGUGUUGAGAGCAGCAGGUCCUGUCAUUUCAGCCGCUUUGUGUCCCAAACCCCCCAACCCCCCCCCCCCCACACACACACACCUGAUAAUGUCUCUCCAGAAUCACCCAGGAGCCUCUCCUUUGGUGUUCCGGGGUUUUUUUUAGCUAGAAUUAAGAAGAUAAUAUAUUAUGUACUGGCAGAUACUGAAAAAGUAAUAUUUCAUCUAUAUGUAUAUAAAGCAUAAGAUGUACUUGUUCAAUAAUGGUAAUUAUUAAAAUCAAUGAUAUAAAACUG